CAAAUCAACUUUUAUUCUGUUUCGAUACAUCAGAAAGACAGAAUUUAAUCAUGUUCGAAGCCAUAGAACAAAGUUGCAUUUUGGCUUAUUUUGGUAUAUUCUGUACAAUUCUCUUUGUCUCAACGUUAAUAUGCAAGUUUGUCAACGUGUUAAGAGUACAUCUCUUCUCUCUAUGCACUUCGGAUUUGAAGGAAUUCGGACCGUGGGCCGUGAUCACGGGAGGAAGUUCGGGAAUAGGAAGAGGCUACGCUAACGAACUGGCUAAACGAGGUUUACACAUUGUAAUCGUAAGCAGAGGACUGCAGGCUCUAAAGUCUGCCGCCGAAGAAAUUACAAGUCAAUACGGAGUAGAAUGCCGCUACAUUCAGGCCGAUCUCAGCCACGAUAAUGCCUACGAACAUGUCUACAGCACAUUGAAAGAUACGGAUGUUGGCAUUUUAGUCAACUGUGCCGGUGUUAUGGGUGACUCUUGGUGUCGUUUAUUAGACCUGACUGAUGAGGAUGUGAAUUUAUUGUUACAAUUACACAUCAAAGCAGUGGUUCACACGACGCGAUUGUUUUUACUUUCGAUGUCGUUCAGAAGAAGAGCCGCCAUCGUUACUGUUUCGUCAGUGGCCUCCGUAAUGCCUUUGCCAUUUUUGAGCGUGUAUUCGGCGUGUAAAGCGUUUUCCGACCGUUUCACUCGAGCAUUGUCUUACGAAUAUAAAUGGAAAAAUGAUGAAACCCUGCAUUUUUCAAUGGCAUUAAACAACUCACUGCAAAAAUUAAAAACAAUUUUCAGCUUUCUGAUGUUACCAAAUAAACUCAGUUGUAAGGCUGUUCAAUUCCCUUUAUUGGGUUGCAAUUUGAAAAAACUGUAGAUCUAUAAAUUCACACUCUCGUCUAUCUGUUGUUCGUCUGACCUUCCUUAAUUUGUAGAAAGGAGUUAGACAAUGCCAAAACCAGAUAUGGAAAGCUUAGUGGCAGGAGGCCCGAUUAACUAUAUAGGAACUUCCGAUUCAAACCGGAAGUCACGUUAUUUCAAUUUAAAUAUUUUCCCCUGAAUGCAGUUAGACAGAUAACCUGCAAAACUGUAUUGCCGACUUGAAAAUACGAUAUACAGAGUCAAUACAUUACUACGGUAAUUUGAGGUGGAGAGCUAUAUUUUAAAUUAAACUAUUCGGUAAAACUGCAUUUGUCACAAUCUACAAGAACAACCAGCUGUACCAUUAAAUGCAGGGCGAAUUUUAAUUUUUGUAACGUUUUCGGUCGUUUUUAUCCUGCGAUUCUUAUUUUUAAAUGCAAUCGAAUGCAUUUAAAAAUAAGACAAUUUUUAUUUCAAAGUUUUGACCUUUAGAAUCCCAAUCGUUUAACAGCACGUAUCGGACUUCUACGUAGAUCACACAUCGUGUUUUUUUUUUUUUUUUUAUCUCUAUUUUCCGGCCAUUAACAAAAACGCUGACUUCUCUUACGGAGUUCCGAAUUGUACUUUAAAAUUGCACAAUUUUUCACGACUACUUUCACUGUUAAAAUUUUACAUAUUAUUUUUACUUAAAAAAUAUUCCAAAUGAGAAUUUUAAGACUAAUAUCAAUUGCUUAUAUCAAGAAUUAUAAUGAAAAUUCAAGGCAAAGACGAGCAUCGCGGAACACUUAGAAAAGGAUCGGGCAGAGGUAUUACACAGUCCUAAAGUAACAUCAAUCGACAUAUUUAAAUUUUUAAAACGCUUUUUUUUUUUAAAUUUGAGAAAUUUGGAAAUAAUGUAAUAUAGAUUAAAACUGUGAAUUAAAAUUCCUAUCACUUUGAACUCAGUGCAGAUAUUAAUGAACUACUCCUAAAACUUAGUUCAAAAAAUUGAAAAUAAUUGUAAUUUAGGCGAUACCAGUUCAUCAUCCUUUUAAUUUUGAUUGCUUAACAAAAUAAGUUUUAAUUAAAUGUUU